AUGAAACACAGGCGUUAUGUUGUGGCUCACUCCGCUGCUGGGUACCAGCGCUUGCCACUUGACGAGAAGUGGGUUGCUGCGGCACAGAAAGCAAUGAAAGGCAAAGACCCGAACACUUUGAUUUGGCAUACACCGGAGGAUAUUCCCAUUAAACCGCUUUACACUGCGAAGGACCGUGAGUUUGAGCAUGGGAAGCCUCAUGAGCUGCCUGGAGAGUUUCCAUAUACCCGUGGCCCAUAUCCGACAAUGUACACGCAGCGUCCUUGGACCAUUCGUCAGUAUGCUGGUUUUUCAACUGUGGAAGAAUCAAAUAAAUUUUAUCGUGAUAAUAUCAAGGCUGGCCAGCAGGGACUGUCGGUGGCGUUCGAUCUUGCCACUCACAGAGGCUAUGACUCGGACAACCCAAGAGUGUUUGGUGACGUUGGCAUGGCAGGCGUAGCUGUAGAUUCAAUAGAAGAUAUGAAGCGUCUUUUUGAAGGUAUUCCACUGGACAAAAUGUCUGUGAGUAUGACUAUGAAUGGUGCAGUCAUACCCGUACUAGCUAUGUUUAUUGCUGGAGCUGAGGAGACGGGUGUCCAAAAGAAACAGCUAGCUGGCACUAUUCAGAACGAUAUUCUUAAAGAGUUUAUGGUUCGAAAUACGUACAUCUACCCUCCUGCCCCUUCAAUGCGAAUUAUUGGUGAUAUUUUUGCCUACACUGCGAAAAAUAUGCCUAAAUUUAAUUCAAUUUCGAUUAGUGGUUACCAUAUGCAGGAGGCUGGAGCUGAUGCUGUGCUCGAAAUGGCAUUUACUAUUGCGGAUGGUAUUCAAUAUGCGCAUACUGGUCUGGAUGCAGGCUUGACAAUCGAUCAGUUUGCUCCUCGCCUUUCCUUCUUCUGGGGUAUCUCAAUGAAUUUCUAUAUGAAUCCUCGUUCAAUGAUGUUGAGGACGCACUCACAAACGUCAGGCUGGUCUCUUACUGAGCAGGAUCCGUACAACAACAUUAUUCGUACAACAAUUGAAGCGAUGGCGUCUGUCUUUGGUGGUACUCAGUCUCUCCACACGAACUCUUUUGACGAAGCUCUUGGUCUUCCAACUCCUUUCUCAGCUCGUAUUGCUCGUAACACUCAAAUUGUAAUCCAGGAAGAAUCAGGAAUUUGCAAGGUGGCCGAUCCAUGGGCUGGAUCAUAUAUGAUGGAAUCCUUGACUGACGAAAUAUAUCAGAAAGCUAAAAGCGUCAUUGAUGAAGUUGAUUCAUUGGGCGGUAUGGCGAAAGCUGUUGAGAGUGGAAUGCCUAAGUUACGUAUUGAAGAGGCUGCUGCGAAAAAGCAAGCUCGCAUUGAUGCUGGUAAAGAAGUUAUCGUUGGUGUCAACAAAUACAGACUACCCAAGGAAGAAAAGAUUGAUGUUUUGCAAAUCGAUAAUGCGAAAGUGCGAGAAAGCCAAAUUGAGAAGUUAACAAAGAUAAAGGCAACUCGUGACCAGAAGAGGGCACAGGCUGCAUUGAAACGUGUUACCGAGUAUGCUGCUAGCAAUGGAAAUCUUAUGGAAGCUGCGAUUGAAGCCGCAGCAGCGCGUUGCACUGUUGGUGAAAUCAGUGAUGCUAUGGAGAAAGUAUUUUCUAGAUAUUCAGCAACUAUUCGGAUGGUUAGUGGGGCUUACAAAUCGGCGUUUGGUGACACCACAGAAGUCCAGCAAGUUAUUGAUCGAGUAAAAAAAUUCGCUGAAAAAGAAGGUCGUCAACCUCGAAUCAUGAUAGCUAAAAUGGGUCAAGAUGGACAUGAUCGUGGAUCUAAAGUCGUUUCAACUGGAUUUGCUGAUUUUGGGUUUGAUGUUGAUGUUGGACCAUUAUUCCAAACACCAGAAGAAGCUGCACAACAAGCUGUCGAUGCUGAUGUCCACAUUGUCGGAGCAAGCUCACUUGCUGCUGGUCAUUUAACCCUUGUCCCUGCUUUAAUUAAACACUUGGAGAAACUUGGCAGGCCUGAUAUUCUUGUAAUCGCUGGAGGUGUUAUCCCUCCACAAGAUUAUGAUGCUUUGUACAAAGCUGGUGUCGCAGCCAUUUUUGGUCCUGGUACACGUUUACCGGACUGCGCAAACUUGACUCUUGACAAGCUUGAGGAGAACUUAAAAAGUCAGAAAAAGCACAAGGCGCACUAA